UAGACUGUAUGGUGGAAACCCUAAAACCAGAGAGAAACUCAGACAUGAUUUCAAAUGAUGAUGACACAGAUGGAAAAUCAAUACCCCAUGACACAGGAAACAAAGGAUAUGUGAGAACGGUCAGAGUUGGGUCCAGAAGUCUUCCACUGUAUCCACUGGUUAUCGUGUGUUUGGGACUGCUGAACACAAUUCUCAUGUUACCUGCUGUUGUAAUUGGGGUUUACUGUGGAAAAGUAAGUGAGAUUUCAGCUCCUGACCAAACUGCACAAAUCCUCAUAUUAGAGUUCAAGGCACAAAAUGAACUUUACGCUGAAAUAAUCAAAUCUCAAGAAGAAGCCAAACAAGAAUUAAAUAAGGAGCUCAGAAGACAGGAAAAAAUGAAACUGCAGAUGGAUCAGAACCAGACCCUCUGUGACCGAUUCCAGAGUCAGAUUGAGGGUCUACAUGUGGAGAAAGCAACACUACAGUCUGAGAUAGCUGAUAUUCAGGGCAAUUGUGGACGAUGCCUUCAAGGAUGGAAGUUUAUCAACUCAACGUGCUACUUCUUUUCUAAAUCAAAAACUACUACCUUAAAGAACUGGCAAGACAGCAGGGCGGACUGUAUAAACCGGGGUGGUAAUCUCACUGUGAUUGAUAACUUGGAGGAGCAGUUAAAUCUGAAUGAGUUUCAACAAAAGGAUCAAAGCUCGAAUCAGAGGGAUCCAAACGGAGCCUGGGUCGGUCUGACGUUUGUUCCAGCAAAGCACAGCUGGGUGUGGUUAAAUGGAGAAACUCUACACGAUGAAAGGUAAACAACUCAAAAUGGCCCAGUGUUUAUCAAAAAAGUGAACUGGAAACAGGUACUGGAAGCCAGGGGAGCCAAACAACCAAGAAGCACCAGAAGGGGCCUGUGCGGCAAUCCUGAACUUGAGAACCACAACAAGAACGUUGUUUGAUGCAACUUGCCUUUCAAUGAAAGACUGGUUAUGUGAAAUGGAGCCAAACUAGUUGUUGAGGGAUUACUGGUCCACUUCCAUUCAGGGUUUGAGUAUCUCCAGAGCAUUAAACAAGGCUGAAACAAUCAUAUAGGAAGACACAGUUCUUUUCUUUUCUUUCUUUCUUUUUUUAGGAUUAUUCAUCUGCAAAUUUCCUUUCUCCUUGAAUAAACACAUAAACAUAACAUAAUACAGAGUAUAUUAACAGGGGAGGUUUCUAAAUGCAGUUGUGUUUUAGUCACUGUCUGUCCUUUAUAGUUAUAGUUUCAUAUUUAGCAGAUAUAAAGGAGAGUGAUACAGAUUCACUCAUCAGAAUGUCUCUCCUAUCUUUUACCAAGCUGAUCUGUAGAUUACUUUAAAAACAUUUUCAAGUCUGCACUUAGAAUGUACUUUUCAGAAAUGCAUCACCUUUUUAGUUCAUCAUAGAUCCAGUUAGCUCAACUUAUUUUGAAUAUAUUUUUGAAGACUUUAUUAUGAAUGUAAUGAUAGUAAUAAUAGACUUGAUUAUUCAAUAGAUAUAGAUGUUCUUGUCAUUGUAAUGAUUCUUUAUUUUUGCAUUUGAUGUUAAUCAGUAAAAUAUUAGAGGCUAACAUGCUAAACACUGUCAAACAAAAGCAGAAGAAGUACAUAUAACGUGGUGUUUUCACAUUUUUUGGGCCAUUAAAAGUUUCAACAAACCUA